AUGACUUGUAGAAAACGAGUGAUGGCUCACCAAUUACUUUAUUUUCUUUCGAUUUUGGCUACUGUGCCUUACAUAUAUGAGUGUGUUACUGGUAGACGUCUAGGAAAAUUUAUCUCACAUUACGAACCUCUUUACUAUGACCCGAGCUCCCUGCACAACGUUCAUCGGCGAGCAGUUGAAAGCCACAGCGAUGGGAAAUUCGCGUUUUCCGCCUUCGGAAAGUUUCAUCGGCUCAAGUUACGACCAGACCGAGACAUCUUCACAGGCGAUGCCAAAUUCCUUACCGGAGAUGGCAAAUCGAUUCCUUUCGAUCGCGAUGCUGUCGUGAGGGGACAUGUUGAGGGAAUUCCAGGCUCUGAUGUUUACGGUGUUAUUGACAAACAAGAUGGAUUCCACGGGAAAAUAUUGAGUGGAACGGAGAGUUAUUACGUUGAUCCAUCUUCGUGGUACUUUGAUGAGAAGCAAGAUUUUCCAUCAGUGAUCUACAAGGACAGAGAUCUGGAAUAUCACCAUGACUUUUCUGACAUCAAGGAAAAAGUUCCCUCGAUUCAGGUGCCAGCAGAACGAGCUCGUCGCUCACUUUCCACUCAAGGCAAAAAUCGCGUUCGCAGGCAAACUGAAGAUUACCGGAAAAACGUUUGCACACUUGGACUUUACGCCGAUAAUUUUUUCACUGAAUUGUUCGGUGGGAAAACAAAAGCCAUCUUUCAACUUGUGAAGCAAGUGCAAGCGGCCCAGAUCAUCUACAUGAGCGAGUUUAACACCACCGAUUAUUACAGUCCAUACGGAAUAACGUUCCGCGUGAAAACCGUUGUUGCAUUCGAUAAAGGGCUUACCGAUAAAGGUAAUACACUUCCCGAUAAACUUCCAGCCCAAGUUAAGGACAAGAACGUGGGAAUAGACACUUUGUUGGACUAUUUCUCGACCAUGAAUCACGAAUCGGUUUGCGAAGCGUUUCUGUUCACCGAUCGUGAUUUUGAGGGUGGCAUUUUGGGUCUUGCGUGGAUAGGUGAUGGUGAGGGCAACGCGGCUGGAGGAAUUUGCGAUAAAUAUAAUGAUUAUAAUAAUGGAAAGGUACGAAGCUAUAACACCGGGGUUGUGACAAUGAAGCUUUACGGACGAUUUACACCUCCGAGGAUAUCAGAAAUAACAUUUGCUCAUGAACUCGGUCAUGGAUUUGGCUCCGAGGUAAGCUUUAGGGUUUUUUUAGUCUUUUCCCACGAGAAGAAUUUAAAUGCAAAAUGUCAGUUAUUCAGUAGAGAGAAGAAAUCAUGGGAGGUCAAAACAUUUUAAAAAUUGUGUUGUUAAUUUAGGGAUUAGUGACCUUAUAUACAAUAAUUGCUAAUUGUUUACAUUUUACUAAAUUAAACAUUUAAACAGUUAACGGUUGUAUUAAAAUACCAACUCAGUCUGCAUCCAUGUUGAGCAUUUUUACUGCCUAAGCCGCUAUUGCCAAUUAAGAAUCUUCCUCUUUCAUGGACAUCUGUGGUUAGUCGCCUUAAAAGAAAAUUCAGUGACUACUAAAGCCGACCACAGCUAUAUGUUAUCGCAUAAAAGGGUGUAAAGUUCCUCAGUCCCUUAUUAAGGAUUUAUUUAGUAAGCCCCUAUUAAUGGUGUAAUUCAGAAGAGGGGGGCAAGAGGGGGUCUCAUCAUGAAUUUUGCAUUUCACGAGUCACAAAAUAAAUAUUUACAUUUUCAUGCUUCUCAAAAACAGAGGUCAUACAAAAUGUCAAAAACGUUACGUUAUCCCCAUUUUGUAAAACAGAGUGCUUCAAUUAAGUUAACUAGAGUUUAACAAACCUUAUGAAACAAGACGCUAUGUCAGCGUGAAUGCGGGGGAAUAGUAAGAAAUUAUAUUUUUCCGGAUACCCUUCCAUAAAAAUACCCUUACUUUUCUCCUUAUGAGUAACAGACAUCUUAACGUCUUCACCAGAAGUCUGCUAGUACGAGAGGUCAUCUCCGCCAAUAUCCUGUUUCAAAUUCUGUUAUGAAGAACCUGUAUGCUAUUUCUUUUCAUCAAACUCCAUGUUUCGAUCAUAAUUUCUGUCAUAAAUAAAUUGCACAUGACGAGAUCUCAGUUCCACUUCCUAUAUCCUUAACAUCGCGCUCUGCCAAAGUAAAAACACUGUGCAGCUAUAAAUUCCCUAGGGAAGCCAGCUGUAGAUGGGUCUGAGCGUACUGAACUGUGAAGUUACAUAAAAAGACUGAAAAGUGAAGUUAAAUCAAAGCACCAGAUGCUAGUUAAGGUCAUUUGGCCAAAUUAAUGAUUUCUUUUCUUCAAUUUACUGUAUCUUCCUUGUACGUGUAAACCAUCAAGGAUUUUGUACCUACCACGUACUAACCUGAAAAUCAUUUCAGUUUACUAGUCCCCCCCCCCCCCCCCCUUCCCCCCCCCAAUUUUUUUUUUGCCCAGGUUUGAUUCCAGUUUUUCUUUAGUUUGGUUUCUCCAAAAAAAAUUCAAUUUCCCUUCUGGCAAGUUAAGAAAAAAUUAUUAGGGUGGCUAAAAAAAAAAAAAACCGGCCCCACAAUUUUAAUAAAGGCUUGAAGAACAAACUUUUUUUACCCCUGGUAACACCCGAUUGUUUGUUAAGUGCAUUUGGCCAAAUUAAUUUUUUUUUUUUUUUAUUUUUCUUUUUUUUCCUUUUAGUUGUAAACCAUAAAGGUUUUUUUUCCCCCCCCUAUUUAACCUAAAAAUCUUUUCAGUUUUUUAUCCCCCCCCCCCCCCCGCCUUCCCCACCCCAAUUUUUUUGAUGACCAGGAUUGAUUACAGUUCUUCUGUAGUUUGGAUUCUCCAAUAAAAAUUCACUUUCCCAUCUGGCAAGUUAAGAACAGAUUAUUGAGUAGGCUAACAACAAAAUACACCGGUCCCAUAUAUAUCAUGCAGGCUUUAGGACACAACUUUUUUGCACACUGGAGAUUUUAAUAGACUCUCAUCAAAUUGUUAAUGAUAUUGAUUUUUUAGCAUGAUCCUGCAACGCAACAGUGUGCCCCAGGAGAUCCUAAGGGGAAUUAUAUCAUGUUUGACAAAGCAACAUCAGGAAUCCUUGAAAACAAUGACAGGUUUUCAAGUUGUAGUAAAGACAGUAUCAAAAAAAAUAUUGACCGAAAACGCUCACAACGACCAGAUUGCUUCACAAGUGCAGAUCAGUCAAUAUGUGGAAACAAAAUAGUGGAGAAGGGCGAGCAGUGUGACUGUGGAGAUAAAACUACAUGUCAGGAGGACUGUUGUAUUGCUGCUGGAGAAGCCAAUGAAUGCACACUUCCAGUACGAUAUCUGUGUAGUCCAAGCCAAGGUAUGUAUCAUGCAGUCACAGUGUUCAUUCUAGAGCACAGUUUUGCGCCAUUUGCUCAUUUUUACAACUACACUGACGCACAAAAACAAUUAUUGUUUUUCUGCGUCAGUGUGGCAUUUUUUUUUUUGAAGCAAUGAUUUUUGUAAAAUACUAAAAAUGAAAACAAAAUUUCAUCGCAAGGAGCCUGGGAUGAUCUAGACUUAUUACUUUGUGAUAUCAGUCAAUUGUCAUGCUUUCAACAUGACGACAAAAUUGAAACAGAGCAGAUUGUGCUUCAUGAUUAAUAAUUCAACAUCUUCUUCGAAUGAUGUUGAUGAUGGACAAGCUGAUCUGAUGAGCCAGCAAAUAUUCUGGAAGCCACAGAGAGUGAUAAAGAGUUAGAGAAAGAACAACAAGAAUGAAGCGAAUUGGGCAAACCAAGAUCAAAGAAGGCAAGAGCCAAACCUUGAGCUGAAACAGUCGCUGACUGGCAAAUAAAACAGGCUUUAUGAACAAGGAGGAAAAAUGUUCUGCAGAACCUGCUUAAAGCACAGCAAAAAGAAUUCUAUGAGUGAGAAAGCCAGCAAUUUCAGAGCAUCAACAUUUAAAUAGGCAUGCUGAAAGCAGAGAUCACAAAAAGGCAAUCACCGACGAAGUACAAAGCAAAAACCUGGCACACAGCAUGGCGGACAGGCUGUUAUCCAAGGGGAGAAGGCUGCAACUGUCGUUCUGAAAGCUAUCUUUUAGAAAGCCUGCAAUAAAAAUGGUGUUAAAGUAAUGUUGAUUCCAAGUCGUCCAUGAAUUUUACAAAAUGUCCCCUCCCUGCAAUAGUCCGAUGUCCCCACUUUUUUAAAGCAAGGGGACACCGGCCCCACUUUGGACAAUUUCUAGAAUGAACACUGCAGUCAUACAAGUAAAUUAGCUAGCCCUCAUGCUCCUAGCAUGGGUCUUGUACCUGCAGGUCAAAAACUCACUUAUCAGCUUUCUCUGGAGACCAUCAUUGCCUGGCCAAAAGUCUUGGCUUUUGACUGACAAACUUAACACAUAUCAAGUGCAAUAUCCAUUGACUUUUUUCUUCUUUAUAUCAAUUUCUGGCUAGUUCUUGCUGCUGUUGAUAAGCACCAAGACUUUACCAAUAGUGAUCAGAGCCUGAGUGUUUAGAAAAUAAUUUAACUUAAUUACCCUUUGAAGUCAGUUUGACUCAUUCAUUUUUUUAAAAAGUGGGGUUAUAGAUGAUAAGGCAAAUUAGGUGCAAUGUACUUGAUUAGCUCCUAUUCAGGAAUGAAGGGCAACUUCAUUGAAAGAUAAACAGCAGGGGUUCAUGUACUUGACUAGAGAGAAUCGGAUUGGUGUCUGUUGUUGUGUUCAUAUGCAGUCAACUAAAACUAUAUAUGUGUAUUUAAAAUAUCAAUCUAACUUGAAGCAACAAGCAAAUUCAAGACUUACAAAUUUUUUGUUCCUUAGUGUUAGCCUACUUUUUAUAUGAUGGUGGAAUGACACUUCAAAAAUAUUGUUACAUAACAAGUCUUUCUUUUAAAUUUACAAGUUAUGUGACCUUUUGUUCUGGCAUCGCCAAGUUGAGGUGUUUAUGCUAUGAAUAUGAUCUUCAAAAAGUGAGCAAAAUCACUGAAGUAUUAGUACAAUUUGCUUUUAAGCUCAGUGCAUCAUGCAUGCUGUUAAAGUAACAAUAUGGGUUUCAAAGUGAAGUAUUAAUUUUCUGUUAAAAUUCAGGACCUUGUUGUACGAGUGAUUGCAAAUAUGCAGGUCCAUCUGUCAUCUGUUCCAAAGCAACAGACUGUACCAAGAACCAAACAUGCAGUGGAUUGUCAGUUACCUGUGACACCCCAGAGCCACUGGUUAAUAAAACACUUUGUGACCAGGGUCGUCGUGUUUGCUAUUCCGGACAGUGUUCAACUUCAGUUUGUGAAUUGUAUGACAUGGAAGAGUGUUCUUGUACAGUUGAAGAGGAACUUUGUGAUUUGUGUUGCAAACAGAACGGUGCAUGCACUCCAGCAUCUCGCUUAGCUCAGGUACACUGUAAUGAUACAAUAAAGUAAAGUCAAACCCUUUAAUAUGGACACUGAGGGGGUCACAGAAAGUGUCCAUAUUAACGGGCCGUCCAUGUUAAGUGGGUUGAAAUUAGGGGAAUGUAAAAGUUUCCAUGCAAGGAAAAAGCAAACUGUUUGUAAUAAUGAGAUCUUUACUGUCUAGAGGCGUGGGUCAAGUAAGUUCAAAUCUUUUGCAUUUGUUGCCAGUAACUGUUUUGAUAAGUACAUAGGUACACGCACUGCAUAACAUUAUUACUACGGUACUGCGCAUACAUCAGGGGCGGAUCUAGGGGGAGAGUGCAGGGGCUGCGCACCCUCCCCCCCCCCCCCCCCCCCCGAGACCAGGGGCGGUUUACAUCAAACUGCGCUUCCAGAAAAAAAAAAAAAAAUGCUUGUUUAUUUAUUUGACAUACAAAAGAACGUGAACCACCCACUCCAUAACAAACAAACAAUCUGGGUUAAGUAAGUUCAAAUUUUUUUCAAUUGUUGCCCGUAAAUGUUUUGAUAAGUACAUAGGUACACGCACUGUAUAACAUUAUUUCUACGGGACUGCGCAUACGUAGGGGGGGGGUCAAAGGGGGGAGGGGAGGGGGGUCGCCCCCCCCCCCCCCCCGAGAUGACCUGUGGUUUUCUAAUACAACUGGUAUUCUGCAAAAAGAAAAAACUAUGUAGUUUAUUGGUGUUGAACUAGAGCAAGAGACGAUUGCACCCCUUCCUAAAAAAAAUCCUGGAUCCGCCCCUGUACAUUAUAGUGAAUAUACUUGACUCCCGUCAAAACAGACAUCUCAGUUAAACACACACGUUGCUGUUGGUUCCUCCUUAUUUUAGUCCCUUUAUUUUACUCUCUUUAAGAUGGACAGUCAGUGCCAAUCCUAGAAGUGUCCAUCUUAGAGAACGUUGACUGUAAUCAAUUCAAAGCGCCAAAGCCUUCCAUAGGUGAUCUGAUCAUGUUAUGUGGUCUGAUCUCCAAUCAAUGUAGAUUUUCGUUUAUUGUGUUGUUUAAUUUGUGAAGUCCAAUGUUUGCUGUGUAUACUUCAUGAUAGGGAAUAAUAAUUACACAAGAAACAUUAAAUGACAUUACACAAUACAAAGUGCACCUCUGGCGCUUAUUUUCUGCCUUACUGCCACCGCACUGGCCAUGAAUGGUCACCUACCUGCUAAAAUUUAGGGAGAACACUGGCCAGGAUGCAAAGAAAGUGACCUUUACAGUUUGCCAUUCAGGCAAGCUGCAGCUAGCAUAUACUAGCCUAAGGGUCAUUUUAAUUAGCCUGAAAAAUAAAUUUUGAUAAGCAGGAUUGAUUACAGUUUUUCUGUAAUAUGAGUUUCGUAGAAAAAUUCAUUUGCUUGUCGUACAAGUUAAGAACACUAGCCCAACAGCAAGUCCCAGGCUAUCAGACUUGACUUUCUUUGUAUGCUGACAUAAACAUUUGUGUUUAACCUCAUCCUGCUGUCUUCAACUCCUGUAAGUUUCUGUGAAAUUUCAGUACUUUGGGUUGUUACUUACUGGAGUGAAAUCCAGUCUGAGUGGCAAAAUUUCCAUGUUGCUGGGAAAUUCUAGGUGGAACAUACUCACUUUUUGCAGAUUGUUGAUUACUCUUUUCAUUCUUAGUUACCAAGUCAACUCAAGAACCUGAAACUUGUACCAGGAUCACCAUGUGAUGAUCUGAAAGGAUAUUGUGAUGUGUUUGCUGUUUGUCGCCGGGUAGACAUGGCUGGCCCUUUAGCACGACUGAAACAACAGUUUUUUACUGUUGAAGGUUGGUAAAAUAUGCAGGGUUUUCGUUAAGAAUUCUAGUAGCAGGAGAAAGGUGUAACGUUACCGGAGAAAUAUAAUUUUGUGAAUGCUUGAAUGAAAAAUAGUCACAGGCUAUCGCACAUUAGCCGGAGAAUUCUGUGUAGUAAACAGAGAAUUCUCCAAUCUCCCAUGCCUACUUAACACCCUGACAUAAUAUGAUUUUGUGUUUGGUCAUUUUACUCAUUUUUUUUCCAAUUUUAAGAGGAAUUAUGUCACCUAUUUUGUUUGGUUCUUCAAUUUACCUUCUUGUACCAGGGUUUAGCCAUGCUAAGUUCCUGAAACUUGUAAGGCUUUAAGGACACCUCAUGCAUGAGGAAACAGCUUAGCUUCACAGUGGCAGUUCAUGAGAUUUUUGCCUCUAAGUGCUCUGAAAAAAGUAUAUAAAUAUAUAUAAAUGCCAUUACCUGUGGCUUAUAAGCUCCCUACUAAUAAGCCCCCCCAGCGAAAGGCUCAUCUACCUCCCUUUGAGUCCCAAGAGUGACCAGCAUCAAUUUUCUCAUAACAAUACCAAUACAUAAUCAGCACAAAUGGUCAUGUGAAAUAAUAAAAUGAUCACCAAGUAAAAAUGUUUUGAUCAUUAAUCUAAUUGUCUCAACUAAUUCUUAAGGAAAUGUAUGGAGAACAGUCUGGAGAAUUUUAGCCUGGGACCAGGCUUCACAGUGGGGGAAAAAGGCAAACACCUCCCCAGACUACCUUCCGAUUCACUUCGUUUUUGCCCAUGCGGAUUUUUUUCUCCUUUUUCCCCCAAUGAGGAGCCUAGUCCCUGGCUAGGACAAUUUGUAUCUGGAUAUUGAGACUUAAGGUUAAACAAAAAAAUACAUAUGAUUAUAACCCCUUCCCUAAAAGCCCUAGGAUAUAUUUAAGCAAUAGACCACACUUUCUUUGGGUUUGCCGGCAUGAUAACCCACACAGGAUGUUAGGAGAACAAGAGAAAAGCUUGUAAUUGACUUGUAAAUCACGAGCCCAAGGCCACAACCGGUAAAUGCAGAACCUACUGCCAUCAGCACUGCUAUGGCUUAAUGUUUCAAAGCGUGUUUUUUUAUAAUUCCAGUUAUAAAUAAGUCCCUCCUUUUAAAGCCCUACUAAAACCCCUUAUGAAGAUAUAUAAGCCCAGCGCUUAUAAGCAGCAGGGUUCUUAUUAUAUUUUAAGUGCUGGUAGCUGGCUAAAAAACUGGCUACUUGGAGAUUUGAGCCAUCUACGUUUUGGGGAAAUAGGGUAAAGUGAGAGAGUGAAAGCCUGAAAUUGCCUACAGCAUGCUGUUACUAAACCGCCUACUUUUACAUCCUAGCUGUCUACUUAAAAACUUAAUGAGAACUCUGAGCGGAAAUCUACAGUAAUAAAUUAAAUAUGUAACUUUCAACAGGUCUGAAAGAAAUAGUAAAGAAGUAUUGGUGGGCCAUCAUGCUUGGUACCAUCGCCUUUGCCGUAAUUAUUGCCCUUCUGGUUAUCCUGUGUGCUCGCUACACACCAAGCAGCAACCCUCACAAGGAAGUCAAGAAACCUGCCAAGACACUCCCUGGACGCAAGAGAAGAUAUCCCCCUCAGCGUCCGAGUCAACAGGGAACUUUAGAAAUGCAACCUCGUGUAUGA